AUGCUUCCCAAGUACAUACAACAAUAUUCUGUCUAUAAAGACGAAUUAACAAUAUACGUAGCCCCAACUGGAAUAAUUCCGGUGAUGACCUUUCUUCGAGAUCAUACCGGAGCCCAAUUUAAGCAGGUGCAAGAUAUUUGCGGAGUGGAUUAUCCCUCGAGAUCAAAGCGUUUUGAAGUAGUCUAUAAUAUGUUGAGCCUUCGAUAUAACGCAAGAAUUCGUGUCAAAACUUACGCUGACGAGGUAUCACCUGUACCUUCAAUAGUCAACUUAUUUAGCGGCGCCAAUUGGUUUGAGAGGGAAGUGUAUGAUAUGUAUGGAGUAUUCUUCACUGAUCAUCCCGACCUAAGAAGAAUCCUGACAGAUUAUGGGUUCGAAGGACAUCCACUUAGAAAAGAUUUUCCGCUGACUGGAUUCGUCGAAGUGAGGUAUGAUGAAGAGAAAAAACGAGUUGUCGCCGAACCGUUAGAGUUGACUCAGGCAUUUAGAAACUUUGAAGGAGCCGCAUCUCCAUGGGAACAAACGGGUCCCGGACGUGACGAAAGGCCGGAUGCAUAUAAAACCGAAAACCUUCUCCCUAAACCGCAAGAAUCUGAAAAGAAAUGA